AUGGUUGAUCUUGGGCGACCGACGGCCGACGUUCCCAGCCGGGGAUAUCAGCUCUGGUUGACGGACGUGGUGGUUGUCAUCGUGGCCGGAGUCUUUGUCGUUAUCCGUCUGGUCUCGAGAUAUCUGCGGAGUGGCAUCCAGGUGGACGACUGGACCAUACUGGCCGCUUUGCUGCUGUCAGUGCUCUUCUCGACGGCUCAGAAUAUUGCUCAAGUGCUGUACAAGCUGGUGAUCUGUCUGGCCAAAGUGUCGAUUCUCCUGCUAUACCUGAGGAUCUUCUACGUGCACCAGUACUUCAGACGGAUCUGUAUCUGUCUCAUCGUGUUCACCAUAUGCUCUGGGAUAGCCUUCAUCCCGCCAACGAUCUGGCAGUGCUCGCCUGUAGCCGCCUACUGGGACAGAAGCAUCCCGCAUACCUGUCUGAGCAGCUUCCCGAACUGGCUGUCCUAUGCGAUAAUCAACAUCACGACAGACGUGAUACUGCUGAUUCUCCCGGUCCAGCAAAUCCUCCGUCUCCAGCUGACCAAGCGCGACAAGAUCGCCCUGAUACUGGUCUUUCUGUUGGGAUCAUUCGUCUGCAUAACCAGCAUCUACCGGGUGACUCUGCUCGCAUCAUCUUCCUCGACAAAGGACGUAUCUUGGUCGACGACUCCGACCUCCAGCUGGAGCGCGGUGGAGAUCAACUCAGGCAUCAUCUGCGCCUGCCUGCCGAUGGCCCGCCAGACGCUCUCACACGCCCUCACAUGCUGUCUGCCCCCGCAGACGACGAAGAACAGCACCUCCGUCUCCCCUUCCCAGGGAUACCACUCGGGCCACUUCUCUCGCAUCUCACGGGGCGGGAAGCCGGUAUCUGGCCACCACACCAACCGCGGCGGCCUUCCGUGGGAGAACACAGCGCACGUCCAAGACAACAUCGUGCUGACAUCGAUCCAAUCAGACAGACACCGGCAGCUCCGUCGCUCGGACAGUGAGGAGGGGAUCCUGGGCCAGGGUUGCUACCUGGGUAACGGAGGCAUCAUCAAGCGGACGGAUGUGUCUAUUAUCGAGCACUCAAGGGCAGGCUAG